AUGAACCCCUAUAUCUUAGCCACCUUGCUAUUCGGACUUGGCCUAGGUACCACAAUCACAUUCGCAAGUUCACACUGACUCCUUGCCUGAAUAGGCCUAGAAAUUAAUACACUUGCAAUCAUUCCCCUAAUAGCCCAACACCAUCACCCCCGAGCAGUUGAAGCAACCACCAAGUAUUUCCUGACCCAAGCUACCGCGGCUGCCAUACUCCUCUUUGCCAGCACUACAAACGCCUGACUUACCGGCCAAUGAGAUAUUCAACAAAUAUCCCACCCCUUUCCCCUCACCCUAAUUACAUUAGCUUUGGCACUCAAAAUUGGCCUGGCCCCCAUGCACACCUGACUACCAGAAGUGCUCCAAGGAUUAGACCUGACCACAGGACUUGUCCUAUCCACCUGACAAAAACUAGCACCAUUUGCACUCCUGCUUCAAAUCCAGAACGUUAACCCAACCAUUCUCGUCACCCUCGGAUUAGCAUCAACCCUUGUUGGCGGCUGAGGAGGUUUAAACCAAACCCAGCUACGGAAAGUCCUUGCCUACUCCUCCAUCGCACAUCUAGGCUGAAUAAUUUUAAUCCUCCAAUACUCCCCCUCCCUCACUCUCCUAGCACUCCUUACAUACUUUGUAAUGACAUUCUCAACAUUCCUUGUAUUCAAACUGAAUAAAUCAACAAGUAUUAAUGCACUAGCCAUCUCCUGGACAAAAGCACCUAUUCUCACCUCCCUCACCCCUCUAGUGCUUCUGUCCCUCGGUGGCCUCCCACCACUAACGGGCUUCAUACCCAAAUGACUUAUUCUCCAAGAAUUAGCUAAGCAAGAUCUGGCCCCCCUGGCCACAUUAGCCGCGCUGUCCGCCCUUCUCAGCCUAUACUUCUACCUCCGCAUCUCUUACGCAAUGACCCUUACCAUGUCCCCAAACAACUUGACUGGUGUAACCCCCUGACGAUUCUCCUCCCCCCAAUUGACCCUGCCCCUGGCCAUUGCAACCACCGCCACAAUUUCCCUCCUCCCCCUCGCCCCCGCCGCAAUCGCCCUUUUAACCCCCUAA